AUGAGUGUUUUUUCACCUAGUGAUUUAAUCAGAGAAUCUGCCCAUGUUAAGUCAGCAGAAGAACACAGAUUGUUAUCUGACAAAGCAUUAUGCAAUCCUAAAGAAUUUUGGUUGGGAUAUGCAAUGAAGUUUCACUGGCAAUCAUCUCCUUCAUUCGGAAAGUGUCUCAGCUACAAUUUCGAUUGCCGUAAAGGACCUAUUUUUGUUAAGUGGUUUGAAGAUGGAUGCACAAAUAUUUGCUACAACAUUUUGGAUCGCAAUGUCGACCGUGGUUUUGGCGAUAAAGUGGCAAUUUUGUGGGAAGGCAACGAUCCAAAUGAUACGAAUCGUUUGACGUACUCUGAAAUGUUGGCCAAGGUCAAAAGAAUUGGUAAAAUGCUCGCGAAUUUCGGUAUUAGAAAGGGAGAUUGUGUUGCCAUUUAUAUGCCUAUGAUUCCAGAGCUCUUGAUGACUAUGUUAGCAUGUGCUCGUAUUGGUGCUGUACAUACUGUUAUAUUUGGUGGGUUUUCUGCCUGUGCUCUUGCCGAUCGAAUUAUCGAUGCCAAGUGUAGCAUUCUUAUCACUGCUGAUGGAACAUGGAGAGGGUCGAAACUUAUUCAACUUAAAUCAAUUGCGUCUACUGCAAUGGAUAUGUGUGAAGAUAAAGGAUAUUUUGUUCAACGAUGUGUUGUAUUUCAACAUGUUACUGCUUUUCCUUCUAAAUCCACUAAUGGAAUCAGUAAUAAUAUUGAAAGUAAAGAUGGCAUUCGACCCGCUUCAAUGCUUGAUGUUCCAUUAAAGGAUGGUCGUGAUUAUUGGUGGCAUGAUAUAAUCAGUACUAUUCCUGAAAAUACUGAUUGUCCUGUAGAAUGGGUGAAUUCAGAAGACCCGUUAUUUAUACUUUAUACAAGUGGAAGUACAGGACGACCGAAAGGUGUUGUACACACCACUGGUGGUUACAUGGUUUAUACAGCUACAACAUUCUUCUACACGUUCGAUUAUCAUGAAGAUGAUAUCUAUUGGUGUACUGCUGAUGCUGGUUGGAUAACAGGCCAUUCAUAUGUUGUAUAUGGACCAUUAUUAAACGGUGCUACUAGUGUAAUAUUUGAAGGUAUUCCAACUUGGCCUGAUCCGGGUCGAUAUUGGUCUAUCGUAGAUCGAUAUAAAGUGACAAAAUUCUAUACAGCUCCAACAGCAAUUCGUACGUUAAUAAAAGCUGGUGAUCAGUACGUCCAAUGUUAUGAUCGUACAUCAUUAAAGGUCCUUGGAAGUGUUGGUGAGCCAAUCAACGUAUCCGCUUGGGAAUGGUAUUAUAAUGUUGUGGGUAAUGGUAAAUGUUCAAUUGUUGAUACAUUUUGGCAAACAGAAACUGGUGGACAUAUGCUUACUUCAUUACCUGGAGCAAAUAUAAUGAAACCUGGCUGUGCUACUAAACCAUUCUUUGGCAUUGAUGCUCGAAUAUUAUCUGAGAGUGGUGAAGAUUUAACAGAAAAGUCAAAAACACUAGGUAUCAAUGUAGAAGGUUAUUUGGUCUUUGCUAAACCAUGGCCUGGUAUGAUGCGAACAAUCAAUAAUAAUUAUGAAUUAUUUGAAUCAGUUUAUUUUAAACGUUUUCCUGGUUAUUAUGUUGCUGGUGACGGUUCUGUGUUAGAUAAAGAUGGAGAUUUUUGGAUAACAGGUCGUUUAGAUGAUAUGCUGAAUGUUAGUGGUCAUCUUAUUAGUACAGCAGAAGUAGAAAAUGCUCUUCUAUUAGAUCCAAAUGUUAGUGAAGCUGCUGUUGUCGGUCGAAAACAUCCAGUUAAGGGUGAAUGUUUAUAUUGUUUUGUUACAUUGAAAGAUUCUAUAUUAAAUGAUCAUAUGAAUGGUUUCAUGAAUGUUGAUAUAAUUACACAAGAAAUGAAGUCAGAAUUAUGUCAAAUGAUUCGAACAAAAAUUGGACCUUUUGCUACUCCAGAUUACAUUCAGAGUGCACCUGUAUUGCCAAAAACACGUAGUGGUAAAAUUAUACGACGUAUUUUACGUAAAAUAGCUAAUGAAGAUUAUGAAUUUGGUGAUACAUCAACUUUAUUGGAUCAUUCUUGUUUAGAAACUUUAAUUAAAUUAUCAAAAUUCGUCAUAAAUAAAUAA